AUCCCCCUCACCUCUUUAACUAAUGACAUAAAAAUAUUGAUUUAUUAUCAUCAUUAUUUCUUUCUAUAGAAUAAGAUAGUUACAAAAUGAAUCUGUCACCAUCGAAACUAAAUUCAAAUUCAAAUGAAUUAGAAACAGUCAAUGAAGAAUCCACUAUAAAAGAUACAAAUACAAAUGAUGUAAUGAAUCAAGAAAGAAAUUCUAGAUUAGAUAUAUUAUCAAAAGCUAAAGGUGUUAAAAGAUUAUCGUUGAUAAAACAUUCAAUCACUGCACAAUCUCAACCACAAACUCCAUCCAGUUGUCCCAAUCGUUCACCAUUAUCCUGUUUCAACACCUCUGUCAAUGGUCCAACAUCAGCAGUCGAAACAAAUAAAAUAUUGACUUUUCGAGAAGUUGAUCAUCCAACAAGUGUUAUCGCUAGUAGGAAGAUCAGUCAAAACAUUCAAUCAUCAUCAGCAGCAGCAUCCUCUCUGACAUCUUUGACAAACACUAGUCGACCACCAUUGUCACUAUUAGGUAUUCUGGCUGCUAAACGAAUCACACGGAAAUUUUUAUCAACAUUGGCUGAUGAGAAACAUCAAAGACGUCUGAGUACAUUCAGUAGACUAUCCUCUUACAGUCCAGCAUCAUACAAUUUAAUCAAUUAUCUACCAACAUUUCAAUUAGGCCCAAAAGAAAUAUUCAAUGUUAGUAAUGUAAAACCUAGAAUAGAACAACUAGUUCAAUCACGUAUUGAAUCACUUCCAUCAACUUAUGAACGUUUUAAAGCUAAUCGAUUAUGUAUUUCAUUAGCAAAUGAAAUUAAAGCAAUGCUCAAAGCACAUGGAGAAGAACGGUCAGUUUGAUGAUAAUCUUUACUUUAUUAAUGAUGAUAUGAUAGUCUUCAUUUAUCUUACUUACUUUUCAAUAAUAUAUGAAUGAUAUCAUAUAUCAGAAAAUUGGAUAUCAUCAAUAAACGCCUUCACCUGCUGAAAUCGUUCUUGGUAGAUGGACUGGAAAGAAGGACACCUCGUCAAGAUUCCAAAGAAAGGAGAUUUGAGCAAAUGUGAAAACCACAGAGGCAUUACACUACUGUCAAUACCAGGGAAGGUCUUCAGUCGAGUGUUGCUGAACCGGUUGAAAGAUGCAGUAGACGCCCAACUUCGAGAUCAACAAGUUGGAUUCCGGUCGUGCAAAGACCAAAUUGCAACACUACGGAUCAUCGUCGAACAAUCAGUUGAGUAGAACUCGUCACUAUACAUCAACUUCAUUGAUUAUGAAAAGGCAUUUGACAGUGUAGAUAGGAGGAAAUUAUGGAAACUUCUUCGACACUACGGAGCUCCUGACAAGAUUGUCAAUACUAUCCGGAACUCAUACGACGGAGGACAGCUGACAGAUGCAUUUCAAGUAAGGACCGGAGUCAGACAAGGAUGUCUACUCUCUCCUCUUCUUCUUUCUUCUCGUGGUCGACUGGAUUACGAAGACCUCGACAUCUGAAGGAAAACACGGCAUACAAUGGACGGCUCAGAACCAACUGGAAGAUUUGGACUUCGCAGAUGACCUAGACCUCCUAUCGCAUACACACGAACAAGUGCAGAUGAAGACAGCCAGUGUAGCAGCAGUCUCUGCAUCAGUAGGCCUCAGCAUACACAAAGGGAAAACCAAGGUUAUUCUCUACAACUGUGUAGUUGUAGUUUUACAUCCAUCUGACGAGUCCCAAAUAGGACGAAACGAGCGUCUUGGAUUCCACUGCUAACCACUAUCCAUCAUUGCUUACAAAUAGCUUGUGAAUUAAGGUAAUAUCUAGGCAUACGCACAUUAUGCACAUAUGACAAUAACAGACUGAUUAAUUGCAGUACUAAACCUCAAUGGGAAGAUACAAACCAAACAAUACCAUGUGUAGUUAGUGGUAUAUGUUAUGCGGGGACAGUGAUUUGAUCUUAGAAUCUUGAGAUAGUGGAGAGGAUUUGUAGCUCAGAUGGAUGCUUUAAGAUGGAGUUUUGUUCUCUGAUCUGGAUGGUAUGGUGAAACCAAUGGAAGAUACAACCGAAACAAAGAAGUAAACAAUAAGAAGUUUAAGGUUGACAAGAACAAAUCUACAACGAGAUCUACAGGAUAAGUUGUGAAUCAUAUAUGGAGAAAUUCGAACACUUCAGUUUUACCUGAAGUUUGUGCUGAUGAUGAACGAUGAAAGCUCCACGAUUCAACCAUCCAGCUCAGAGAACGGAACUCCAUCGAGGUCAUAGAAUGAAUAACUUCUUAAGGUAGUCUUCUCGGUUUUUGAAAGUUGUCUCCUCUUUAGCUAGAACAUAUAGCAUACAUUUUCAAUUGUAAAAAUUGGAAAACUAGCUAUUAAAAAUUACUACAAUAUCCUCAAAAAGCCCAUUCUGAUAAUAAUCAUCAUUUGCUCACUAGUGAUUGGCUUCAUGAGGUAUUUCCUGGAGUUGUAGUGAGAAGCCGUGAUUAGUGGAGUUCAACUCGGUCUGUGUGAGGCAGUGAUUCACUGAUGACAAUGGUGGAUGGUGGUGCAAUAUUGUGGAUUGAUUGAAAUUAGACAUUACAUUGAUUGUAGGCUCACUGACCUAGUGGUUUAGUGUUCGCCCACAUAGACCGAAGGUCCGAGUCUCGCAUGUGGGAUCGUGGAUGCAUACUACUGAGAAGACACAUACUAAGACGAAACGACCAUUCAGUGCUUCCAGAUUUUCCAUGUUGGUCCAGCUUUAAUCGACUCAUUAAUUCAAUGUGUUCACGGGUGAGCUAAACAUAAAAAUAGUCUCAAAGAACAGAACGAAUUGAUCGAACUGACUACUGGUUACAAAACUGAUAGCUAUGGAAUGAUAUUUCAUAUAGAAUGGUCACUUGCUUAACCAUUGUGAUUUCCCCCUCAUAGGUUCGAAUCCCAUCUUCGUUGUCAGUUGUUAUAUCAAGAGCUUAGAUUCUUGAUAUACUGCAUACAACUUGAGUACUCGUUUGCUAGAAACCUCCAAGUUGCAAAUGAAAAGACAGUAUAUGAAUGAAAAGAAAUACUAUAGUUUAUAGCAAAAGCGAAAUCAUCAUUAUAGUAAUCGAAUUCACAUACAAUUGUUCUUAGCAUUUAUCUAAUAGGAAAGCUACACGUAGAGAUUCUGAAACAUUCUUCCAAAAAAUGGCUGGAUGGAAUAUCUUCAGCUCUUUCUAAUCUUCUUAGAGUUUCCUCAAGUUCAUCCAUGGGUCGUAUUCACAUGAACAAUUGUAAAAUGAUUAAUUUUCUUUCAAUAGUUGAGAUCAUGAGUCGAUUGAAGCCAUACCAUCAUGGGAAGACCUGGAAUCAGUGGACGAUUGUGUCGUCUUAUUGUGGAACUCCCCAACAAUACGCAUCCACGAUCCUACAUCAUGAGAUUCGAACCCAGGACCUAUCAGUCUCUAGCGCGAACGCUUAAUCUCUAGAACAUUAAAUCGGUUAUCAUCCAAAGAUAUUAAUCGCUAACUUCAAAUAAUCCACGGAAUUGAGCGAAACACUCACCACUGUCUUCGAUGAGUUAUUAUCUCACAACAGACUCGGUUGAACUCCAAUGAUCACUGCUUCUCACUAGAAUUCCGUGAAAUACCUUUCGAAUCCAGUCACUAGUGAGCAUAGGUUGAUUAAUAUCAGAAGCAAUUUUUGUAGAUAUUUUAAUAGUUGACAUCAUAUUUCAAUUAAAGUUAUAUCACCAUGGAAAACCUGAAAGUACUGAACGACUAUUUCGUCCUAUUGUAUGACUCCUCAACAGUGCGCAUCGACGAUCCCACCUCACGAGAUUCGAACCCAAAACUUAUCAAUCUAUAAUACACUAUAAUAUCCACAAGGACCCCAUCUGCUACCUUACAGAUCCCCUCUCUUUUCUUUAAAAUUUCUUUCCAGAUAUCGUUAUUUAGUAUUUUGUUUAGUCAUGCAAAAUUGUAAACAAAUGGCUGGAUUCACUAAUCGUGUAUUAUGGGAUAUGAAUUAUGAUCGAUCAUUCUAUGUGAAUCAAACAAAUACAUCGUAUCAUAUAUCAGUCAAUUGUUUUAUUGUAUACAAAGAAUAGACUGAUUUGAUUAAUCAUGAUUUGCUUUUUGGUUAUAUGGAUAAAAUGGAAUGAUGUUUAUCUUGUUCAAAUCAACUUGCUUUUAUAGUACUACUUAUUAUUAAUUAGUAGGCAUUUCUAUGCUUAACAAUCUUAUGGUAGAUAAAAACAGAUCAAAAAAAUGAGAUGAACGACUAAUGAUCAUAGUAACUAUUGUAUGGUGUUUUGUUCACAUGUUAUUCACUUCAAAUCAAUUAACUUUUUGUACUUGCUUUUAUACUACUUAUUACCAGUUAGUAGGCAUUUCUAUUCAUAACCAUCUAUACAUGUGUGUAUUGUGAAAUAAUUACAUAUACUUGUAGUGGCCUACUUUUACCAAGAGAACGCCUUUGGUUUGAUGGAAACAAUUAUCAUUAUAACCAAUUGUACCAGGGAUUGUUUUGCUAUACUUGUUUGUUUAACUGUACCAAAAUAUAUACAUUAUUCCUUCAGUUGAUUGUGACCUUGCACGAAUUCGAUUACGCUCAGUAACCACACUUGUAUUCCUUUGGCACGAUCUCGGUAUUCUUUCGAUAACACGAAAUCGCCAACAAAUACAUCUCGACUACAGCCAUCAACUACCUUCUGAUAUUUGACUUACGGGGGAUGUUAUCGGUUAACUGGCACGUAGUCUUCAUGUAGUGGUUAUCAUAGUCAACCGCGACUCGACUCCACACUACAUACUUAUAACAUUUGUUGUAUUUAUUAUUAUAAUUGCAUUCUGUCAACCCAUAUAAUAAGUUUUGGGAGUUUCGUAUACUUGCCGAAUUGUUUUUCAAAAACAUCAGUUUCUGUACUUGUAUUCUCUUAGUUCAUGUAUUGGUAACUAAUAAACUGUUGUCAACAUUAAACAUAGCUAGUAUAUCACAAUUGAUUGCAUGUCUAGUCCUUAUUAGUGCAGAUCGAACGCUAUCGACCAUGAUGCAAUAUGGCGACCAGCCCACGGUUUCCUGUCGACUACCUUCAACCACUAUCUAAUCUCACAAUAGUGCAUGAAGUGUUGAGUCCCCUGCGCUGGUUGCCACAUUGCAACAUGGUCGAUAGCAUUCGAUCUGCACUAAUAAGGAAUAGACACUCAAUCAAUUGUGAUUACAUCUUAGUCUUACAGGAGGUCGGUCGCGGCCCAGAUAGCCCAGUUGUAAUGUCUCUGACUGUGAAGCUGGUUGACACGGGAUUGAAUCCUCCAGGGAUCACCAGUUCCCUCAAGAUUACAGGUUCACCUUGCUAACGAGUGCCAAGUAGCACUAAACCACGGUCCAGGGUUUCCUGUAGACUACCUCCAACCACCAUCUAAUAGCUAGUAUAUGUCAUGACGACUAUUGCAGUGAACGAGAUACAUAAGCAGGGUUCAAUCGAAUAUAAAUUUCGUAACAUCUUAGUAAAAUCUGAGAAUCAUAUAGUGAAUACUUCGUCUGCAAAAUGUCAAUCAAUUGUUUCAGACUUCAUUGUUUCUUUGUUUCCUCAUCAAUCAUUCUUUGUUCUCGUCCAUUUCUUUUCGAUCUUUUUAACCUUCUGACGCCAGAUAUUUCACUUUCGAUCGAUGUUACAUACUCCCUAUGUAUAAAUAUCGAUAUCAGUAGCACACACAAUCCAGAACCUGGAGUUUUUCUGAGAAGCAGUGACCAGUGAAGUUCAAUCGCGUCUGUCGUGAGAUAAUAACCCACUGAAGACAAUGGUCGAUGAUAGCGCAAAUUCGUGGAUUAGUUGAAGUUGGAGGUUAGGCGUUCACGCGCGAGACCUAUGUUCGGAUCUCACGAGUCGGGAUCGUGAAUGUAUUUCUUUCGUUUACCAAAGCUUUUUGGUAGUGUUAUUAUUAUUGUUAUUAAUGGCUUUAUUCAAUAUUAUAUUUUGGUACAAUAUAGAAUUCUCAGCAGAAAAAGCGGUAUGUGUCGAUUGGGAAUGUAUAAUAAAUGUAUAAGCAUAAUAAUGAAUUACAUUGAUCAGCUUGAUUGUUCAGUGUGUUAACGGUGGUGGCCAUAGCAACUCACGUGCAACUGAGUUUGUUCUCAUUUAACUCAGUUAAGCCCUUUUAUUAACUUAUUUAGCGGACAGAGUCAUCCGUACUAUAACAACUUAUUGUACCUUUACUAUUGUUGUGCUUGUAUGAAAUAUAUAUGCUUGAACAUUUACUUACCACCUACUCAUAUAUAUUCAUUCUGCUAGCUUUAUUAUUAACUGCUUAAUUAAUUCGAUGAUCCAUUCAUUUCCCUAUACAGAUACAUGUACAUUUAACACUCUACACUCUCGAUUCGCUGACUCAUUCAUUCGCCUCAUCGCUUUGUGGUCUGAGUUAUCUACUGAUAAAACUGUAGUCGCUGCUUCUGUUUGCCUUCUGAUUUCAAACACUGUUGAGGAUAACGGUCACGAGAGCGAUUGGUUAACGAAAUACAGCCACUACAUGGUCAUAUUCAGAGACAUUCUGACUACUUGUACAUAUGCAUUGAUUAUUAAGCAAUACUAUUUAAUUAAUAGUAAGCUCUGGUCAGUUCAUGAAAUUAUUAACUAUUAAACAUAGUCGUGUUAGUACUACUUGCUAGGAGUUCGCGAGAUUAGUAAUCGAAGAUAUCGAUCUGUGUAAGUUCAAAUUUAUCUAAGUGGUGCAGAUUUAGUUCACUCUUUACCUGAUGCUUAUUGAAUUCCACUAUUCCUUCAUAUACAUCAUUCUUCCUAAUUAUAUUCUUGGAUGUUUAUUCUUUCAUACAAUCACUGGUUCUAUCAUUAUUUUAAUUUAUGUUACUUAUUUUCUCAAGUGAAUCACACUGAUAAGGGUGAGACUAUAAGAGGGAUCAUCAAAAUGUGGGCAUAUUAGUAAAGGUAAACAUUGAGAGAAGGAAAAACAGUUUUAAUAAUGUGAAAUAUAUCCGAUUUAACUUCUGUCUCAGGAUAGACAGAUACAGAGUAUUAGGGCAUGAUGGUAAAUUAAUUGAUGAGGUUGUGAAUAUUCAUUUACUAAGAUGGUUGGGCCACGUGUUACGUAUGCCUGAACUCCUAUUACCACGACUCGGAAUGCUGACUAGUGUUUGGGAUGGUUUGAAGAAAUUUAGGGGCCGCCAAAUUAAAAUGUGGCAUCAGUCAUUGAAGUCACUAACUUCUAAUGUGAGCAAUGUUGAUAGAUGAAGACUACUUGGUUGAGGAUUAUGGAUGACAUGGCUCAGAAUCGAUUACAAUGGCGUCGAUGUAUACAUUCUUUGUCUUCCUUUAAACUAUGAGAUUAAAAUCGCUUCAAAUCAUUCUUCCUACGAACUAAUUCCUUCUUUCUUUACUUUAUCCUCAUACAUAAUCUUUCCUAUACAUAUUACCAUCAUUGAAUUAAAUACUUCUAUGAAUCCGGUGUUCAUGUUGAUGUGCUUAUGAGGUAUAGCAACUUGAACCGAUGCAAAAUGUUCCUAGUCCUAUGUUAUAGCUGAUUGACUGACGAUUCUUAUUACCGUCGUCAUGUUAUCUGAGUUAUGUAUGAGAAAGCGUAGCGUCUAGUUGUCAUUAUAUCAUGUUUCAAAUAUCUAAUUUUUCACAUACAUACAUGGUUUUAUUGUUGUUGCUUAACCUAAUUUCGAUCCUUGAAAGUAUGUACUACUCUUGAUAUUUUCUGACAGAUUAAGUAGAGUAUUAGACGUAAUUGUUAAAACAGUCGGAGUUUCGCCGUCUACAUGAAUAGGAGGUUAAUCUGUCUUAAACGAAUAUCUACACUAGAUUCCCUCCAAGUGUCUACUCUACAGGAUUUCAACACAACUCAGAUCAGGAACACGUGAUUAUCCUUACUAGAACGUAAAUAUAUUUCCACACCAUAAAAUCAACAACAAUCCGACAUAAUCCAUCAGUAAACAAUAAUGUUGAUAAGGAUAGGAGAAUAUAUAACUCAUCUAGUACGGGAGCGGGAUCGUGGAUGCGCACUGCUGAGGAGUCCCAUACUAGGACGAAACGGCCGUCCAGUGCUUCUAGGUUUCCAACGGUGGUCUAACAUCAAUUGAUUCAUGAUCUCAAUCAUUUAGUACCUGUCAGACUAUUUAUAAAUCUGAUUAAGCAACCAACCAAUCAUUAUCACCUUGACCCAUACAUCAGUCAGUAAGCAAAUAACAUAAACAUUUCAUAUUCGGGAUUCGACUACCCAACACAGUGAUAAUAACUCAUUAGCCUAAAAGGAUAAUUACUUAAGACAAUAAAAUCAUUUUAGCAGUGUAUUCACUGAAUGAAUAUCAUCAAUCAUAAUAGAUCAUUCAAAG